AUGUCUUCAAGAUACAGAGUCGAGUACUCUUUGAAAGUUCAUCGUAGAGAUGGGUUCAUUGAAUGGAUCAAAGGUUUAUUAGCAGUUCCUUUUGUUUUACAUGCUGUUCAAUCAGGCUCUCAUGCAAUUGGUGAUAUAAAGACAACAUCAGAUGCUAGAAGAAGAUAUGCUGAAAUAUUCUUUGAUGUUGAGAAAUUGAUUGAAGAUCAAAUAUUGAUGGAAAAAUCAGGAACUCCACAAUUGGGUCGUUUACAACAACUAGUCCCUUCAAUAUCUGGGUUUUUCACAAAAUUACCAUUAGAAAGAGCUUUUUACAUUGAAGAUGAACGUAGAUCAAUAAGUGUUAGAAGAUUAGUAUGUCCAAGUUUUAAUGAUAUAAGAUUGAUCUUGAAUACUGCCCAGGCAUUAGCUUUAGCACAGGCAAGAGAACCUUUACAAAUGGUUACAUUUGAUGGAGAUGUCACAUUAUAUGAAGAUGGUAAAUCCUUGGCAGAUGAUGCUAAAGUUAUACCUAGGUUGAUUAGAUUAUUAUCAAAUGAUAUCAUUGUUGGUGUUGUUACAGCUGCUGGAUAUAAUGAAAAAACUGGUGAGAAGUAUUAUGAUAGAUUGAAAGGGUUGAUUGAUGCAAUUGUACAAAAUAAGGACCUAACAGUGGAACAAAAGCAAAGAUUCACAGUGAUGGGUGGUGAAUCCAAUUAUUUAUUUAGAUAUAAUGAUGACUUGAAAAAUCUACAAUGGAUUGAUCCAAAAGAAUGGUUAUUAGAUUCAAUGAGUAAAUGGGAUGAAAAAGAUAUUUUGAAUACUUUGGAUCUGGCUGAAAACAUGUUGAAUUCUUUACAAAGGUCAUUAUGUUUACCAGCCACUGUUAUUAGAAAACAUAGAGCUGUUGGACUAGUUCCAAAUCAAGGAGAAAAAUUAUGUCGUGAACAGUUAGAGGAGGUUGUUUUAUCCACCCAGAGAAGAUUAGAAGUUUCCACAUGUGCUCAAAAUAUUCAAUUUUGCGCAUUUGAUGGUGGGAGUGAUGUUUGGGUUGAUAUUGCUUCGAAAGAUUUAGGUGUUGAAUCAUUACAAAGAUAUUUUGGUGGGAUUCAUCCAAAAUCUACACUACAUAUUGGUGAUCAAUUUGCUAGUGUUGGUUCUAAUGAUUUCAAGGCAAGAUUAGCUGGUUGUACUGUUUGGAUUGCAAAUCCUGAAGAGACUGUUCAAAUCUUGGAUGAUUUAAAUAAAUAUAUAGAGGAGGAGGCAGCUUUUAGAUGA